CUCGCCAGCUCUCCUCCUCCUCCUACCGCACCUACUACCGUCUCGUCGACUUCGAUCUCGACGCGAGAAUGCAGUCGAGGCACAGGGUGUUCGCGGAGGACCUGCUGCUGCCGCGGGAGGAAGGGGAGGACCACUUCGACCGGGUCCCGGACUCGCUGGUGCUGCUCAUAUUCAACCGGCUGGCCGACGCGAGGUCGCUGGGGAGGUGCUCGGCGGUGUCCAAGCGGUUCAACGCGCUGGUGCCGCUGGUGGACGACGCGUGCCUGCGGAUCGACCGCGUCAUCACCGACGCGGCGGACGCGGACGACGCGCUCGGGCUCGCCGGCCCUCGCCCCGGCCGCGGGGUGCUCUCGCACCUGCUCAAGGCGAUGCUGCUCGCCGUGCUCAAGCCGUUCGGGCACUGUGACGCGGGGGUCAGGGGCGGGGGUGGCGACCGCGCGGGGAAGCACGGCGGCGCGCAGCAGCACCACUCGCCGGCGCAGGUGCUCAAGAACUUCAGCAGCAUCCGGAACCUCCGGAUGGAGCUCCCCGUCUCCGACGUUGGCACCGACGACGGGGUGCUGCUUAGGUGGAAGGCCGUCUUCGGCAGCACUCUCCAGAGCUGCGUCAUCCUCGGUGGCACCAGGGUGGACCGGGCCGCCGCCGUCCCCGCCGCGGCCGCCACCGCUGCCGGGGACCACGAGGCCUCGCAGGGGGACGACAGCGGGAGCAUCCCGGAGUCGUUCUACACCAACGGUGGGCUCAAGCUGCGCGUGGUGUGGACCAUCAGCUCGCUCAUCGCCGCGGCCACCCGGCACUACCUCCUCCGCGAGAUCGUCAAGGAGCACCCGACGCUGGAGACGGUGGCGCUCACGGACGCGCACGGACAGGGCACGCUCAGCAUGGGGCGCGACCAGAUCAAGGAGUUCCGCGACAAGCCGCUCGCCGCUGCCGCGGCGGCCAACCGCACCCAGGUGCCCGCCUGCAACAUGAAGCUCCGGUACGCGCCGAUGCUCGAGCUCUCGGACGGCACGCGGAUCCAGGGCGCCACGCUCGUGGUCAUCAAGCCGGUCGGCGAGGCCGGCGGCAUCGGCGGCGGCAGGAAGGAGCUCGACGAGUUCGUCGCCGACGCGUUCGACGGCCCGUACAGGGAGGCCGUGAGCGCGCUCAGCAAGCGCCGCACCUACCUGCUAGAGAUGAACGGCUUCUAAGCCCGCGCACUCACCAACGCGCGCGUAGGAUUGAGAUCACUAGCCAUUACCCAACCCCAUGGCUGAGCAGAGAUUGCUCUGCUCUCUUCGCUGCAACUCAGCUCGAUUCAGUGGCACACCGAGGUGUUCGUCCAUGUUGUAACAGCGAUCAUGUGUCAACUCGACUUUUCGAUACUGCCUUAGCAUCCUCUCAGCAAUAAUGAAACUAGAAUUUGGACUGCUUCA